GGACCUUGUGUUGCACUGUGUCUGCUUCAGCGGUUGGUUAUUAAACGCACAGCAGUUACGGAGAAUGAGCUGACAGCUGGAUUCACACCAUCCGAUAUUUUAGCUGAAGCAAAGGAUAUGAGCUCUGAGCUUGGGCCUGACGAUGAGGACGGAAUUCUUCAAGAAUAUGUCCAGGAGGUGGAGCAACUAAGAAUGGAGUUUUGAGCUCAGGCUUUCCAUGAAGAGUGCCACACACAUUCUUUCAGAGUGCCAGUGCUUUGUGACUACGAAUUCUCGUGUG